AACACUUCCUUUGCUAAGAUGGUUCCCCAAAACACCAGCAGCAAGGGAGACAGCCCUAUUUAUAGUUAUACAGCCUUUUAAAAUAUAGUCUUUCUAUCUUCUCUGAACCUGAAGAUUAUAAUAGAGAGAUAAACGAGGUAAAGACAUUUUGAAAUAAAAGGCAUGAAGGGGUCAGCCAUUGAAAACUUCUCCUGUGUGAUUUAUAACAUCUUCCUCAUGAACUGCACUUGGCAGGCAGGAAGGGAUGCUCCAGAAGACACACAGUAUUUUCUCUACUGGCAGAAUUCAAGAGAUGAAGAGGAGAUGGAAUGUGAGCUUUACAUUAAAGAUGAAAAUUGCAGAAAUGUGGGAUGCAUCUUCCAAAAUGUGAGCAUAGGGAUUGAAAAAGCUUACUUCCUGGUGAAUGGGUCUAGCAAAGACUCCCUGAUCCAGUUCUAUGAUGAGUACAUUGACCUGUAUGAAAUUGAAAAGCUCAUGCCUCCAUCAAAUAUCACAGUCAACUGUGAUGAAAUUAAAAGUGAUUGCAAAAUUCAAUGGCAACGACCCCAAAUAAGUCAUUCUAGCAAGGACAUGUGUUUUAAAUAUGAAAUUAACAUAAAGUAUAAGGAUAAUUCUAAAGGAAAACCUAUAUAUACUUCCAUACAAGAAGGGGGAAAUAGUAACAUAUUUCUAAGAUCAAAUACAAGAAAGAAGUACAUCUUGAAAAUGAGAGCAGCUGGCAGUGCCUGCUUUGUGAACCCAGCCUGGGGGGAAUGGAGUGCACCUGUUGAGUUUGGAAAUGAGGAACUUAUAUCUUCUUCAGUAUGGAUUUUACUUGGGGUAGCAGUUGCAACAUCCCUAAUGGCAAUCAUCACAAUUUUUUUCUGCAAAAGUUUACUUUUAGGAGUGAAGAGGAAGAUAAGAGCUGGUGCAAGGGUACAAUGGUGUUGUCACAUUAUGGCUAUUCAAUUUUGGUUUUGUAUUCAAUAUGUUGUGAUUUCCAGGACUGGCUGUUGGAAGGCAGCAUUUCCACAGAUCCCAGGGCCAAAAGCUGCUUUUUUUACAGUGGCUGAUACAAAUCCAGAGCUGAUGGAGAGCAAAAUACAGUCAAUAACAUCUGAAAAUGAAGAGAUAGUAUUAGUUGCUGACAUUGUGAGAUAACCAAGAAAAAUGGAGGAGUCUGAAAGUGCAUUUCUUAGUCAACUGUAUAUCCCUGUGGAAAGUCUGGAAUAUUAUGUAGGCUUUCUUUACUUUCUUCUUUUUCUUGAAUAAAAGCAUGAUGCAGCCAAGAGAAAA